AUGCUUCUUAAUAAGAAGUGUAGCACUGAUGAUAUCGAUAGUGUUGCGGCUGCUGAAGACACUGUGCAAGUUACUGGGCAGAAGAACAAUGCGAUUGACUAUCCGUUCGAAGAUCUGCUUGAAGCUAGAGUUUGGAUCAACGUCGCCCAGAUGCACCUUUGCACGACUGCGGUAUCGCAGAGAACGUUAGCUCUGAAUCGUAAGUGCUCAGGCACCUAUGGAGACUGGCGCCUGAGACGGAAGGUUCGCCAUCACCUGAAACUUGAUCGUAAGAACGAACGGACGUCGACAGCAAAGGAGUUUGAGAAGGCGUGGGAGGACAACAACCCGAGAAAAGCUCAUACUCUGGUGGCAAGAUUAGGAGGUGUUCGUCUGUCCUCAACACUGCCAACAGAGUUGGUGUCAACUCUGCCCAUCUGGAUGGAACAUUCCAACACUUUGCUGAAGCGGCGAGCGCUGUUUUUCCCUGAGCUCGUGCACACGCAACCACCGACAUACACUGUGAUCAACGACGAACCAUCAACAGAGUCAGAGGUUCUGGUCUGUAUCCAGCGGAUGAAGGGUGGAAGGUCCGGUGAACGACGAAAUUAG